AUGGGUCAACCCGUUUUUUAUACGGAUCAAACCGAACUGUUUUUAAAACUGGUUAACCUGAACACAACCCCCUUUUCUAAACGUGUCGUUUACUCUACUAUUUCUUGGACAACCUCCCUGGAUAAGGGUGUGCAACCAGACGUUGAAUACGGCUACAAAGCUAAGAGCACAGUUGGGACUGUGUUCAACUUCUUUAGUGCGUUGGGUGACGUGGCAUUUGCAUAUGCGGGCCACAACGUGGUGUUGGAAAUUCAAGCCACAAUUCCAUCAACCCCCGAGAAGCCUUCAAAAGGUCCUAUGUGGAAGGGAGUGAUUGUUGCCUAUACAGUUCUUGACUUGUGCUAUUUCCCAGUUACUCUUAUCGGAUACUGGGUGUAUGGAAAUGGGGUCGAUGAGAAUAUCCUUGUUACUUUAGAAAAGCCCACAUGGCUAAUUGCCAUGGUGAAUAUGUUCGUUGUGGUUCAUGUGUGUAUAUCUUUUUAA